AUGGGUAAAGAAAAUGUAUCUGGAGCUGCUAAGGACCUGCCCAUCACACCAAGGAACUAUUUCUACACACACACUAACACAGAGUCAGAAGUCAGGAUGCCAGAGACCUGCAACUAUCCAGAAAACAAACUGCCACCGCUUCUCUUCACCUUCGUUCUCGCCGUCAUAGGCACAGAGUGCGUCAUUGGAAUCAUUGCCAAUGGGUUCAUCGUGGCUGUAAAUGCAGUGGACUGGGUUAGGAAUAAGGCAGUUGCCACAAGUGAUAGGAUCCUGUUUUUUCUGAGCUCAUCCAGAAUAGCUCUCGAGAGCUUCAUGAUGCUGGAAAUCCUUCUCAGCUCAGCCUUUCCAAGUCUUUAUUACCUAGAUGUGGUAAACGACACAUUCAAAGUCAGCUUCAUGUUCUUAAAUUAUUGCAGUCUCUGGUUUGCUGCCUGGCUCAGUUUCUUCUACUUUGUGAAAAUCUCAGACUUCUCCCACCCUCUUUUCCUCAAGCUGAAGUGGAGACUUUCUGGAUGGGUGCCCUGGCUUCUGUGGUUAUCCGUGCUCACUUCCUUGGGGUACAGUGUGCUUUUCUCUGAGAACAUUUAUGCUGUGGAUUGUAGCAACUCGUUUCCUAUGCGCUCCUCCAACUCCACCCAUAAGAAGUACUUCAUGGAGACCAACAUGGUCAACCUAGUCCUUCUCUACAACCUAGGCAUCUUCCCACCUCUCAUCAUCUUCAUCCUGGCAGCCACCCUGCUGAUCGUCUCCCUCAGGAGGCAUGCCCUGCACAUGGAAAGCAAUGCCACUGGUUCCAGGGACCCCAGCAUGCAGGCCCACCUAGGGGCCAUCAAAUCCAUCAGCUACUUCCUCAUACUCUAUAUCUUCAAUGCCAUCACUCUGUUUCUCUAUAUGUCCAACAUCUUUCAGAUCAACAGUCCCUGGAACAUUUUGUGCAAAGUCUUCAUGGCAGCCUACCCUUCUGGCCACUCAGUGCUGAUGAUCUUGGACAACCAUGGGCUGAGAAGAGCCUGGAAACGGCUUAAAUACCAAGUUCAUGUUUACCUAAAAGGGCAGAAACUGUGA